AAAUAUUAUAAUUGGAGAAGGAAGUGUAGCAGACGCGAAAAAGGAAAGAAUUGAAGAAAACAGCAAGGAACACAGAAAAAAGUGCGAAAAAGUAAUUUCACGGUGUGUUGUAAAAAUUUAAGUGAAAUUAUUUGCAUUACGGAAAGAAAUGAGUGCAAUGGCGGAUGGUAAUAAUGAAUCGAGUGGCGAAAGUGUUAGCGGCAGUGCCGGUAGCAUUACAAUUACAGCACCAGCGGAGCACCCUAUUCGAAUCAAUAAAUGGCGCGUUCGCGAAGGCUUCCCCAUAACAUCGUCCCAAGUUAUCUUAUUAUACGAAAUCAUUAGUGGCGGUAAUGAUGCAGAAGGCUCAACCGCUAAAAUGAUAGCAUCUUCAGUUGUAGAUUCAAUCGAUAAAACAUUACACAAAUUGAAAGCGAAUCGUGUAGGCGUGGUAAAGAAACGUUUGUUUAAGGAAGGACAAUUGGUACCGCAGGGAGCUACGAUUUUGGAGUUGGCCGAAUGCGCCCAUACGACAGUGAUAAAAGACAUGUGUGCUGAUUGCGGUGCGGAUUUGCGCCAAAACGAAAAUGGAAACAUAUCGGAAGCAUCUGUACCAAUGGUGCAUUCGGUUCCUGAUCUUAAAGUUACACAAAAAUUAGCACAAAAAUUGGGACACGAUGAUACUCGUCGUUUAUUACAAGACCGGAAACUUGUGCUCCUAGUCGAUUUAGAUCAAACUGUUAUACACACAACCAACGAUAACGUACCGAUCAAUAUUAAAUGUAUUUAUCAUUUUCAACUCUACGGACCACACUCUCCCUGGUAUCAUACUCGCCUUCGUCCUGGUACGCAGCUUUUUCUUGAUCGCAUGUCAAAGUUCUACGAGCUACAUAUCUGCACUUUUGGCGCCCGAAAUUAUGCACAUAUGAUUGCCCAAUUACUUGAUCCAGAAGGAAAGUAUUUUUCACAUCGUAUACUUUCGCGAGACGAAUGUUUCAAUGCAACAAGUAAAACUGAUAAUUUAAAGGCACUUUUUCCGAAUGGUGAUUCUAUGGUUUGUAUAAUUGACGAUCGGGAAGAUGUAUGGAAUAUGGCAUCCAAUUUGAUUCAAGUGAAACCAUAUCACUUUUUUCAACAUACAGGGGAUAUAAAUGCGCCGCCUGGCUUAUCUAAGCAUGAAUUGGACGGGGAGGGCCUUGAUUUCAAAGAUCUAACACAACAAACGCUAAAAACGGAUGAAACAAGCAAGGUUGAUACAAUAGAGGCAGAUAUUAAAGAAAAGUUACCCGAUUCAGAAUCUUCCGACGGCAUCUCAGAGCGAUCGGAAACAGAUACAGAGAGUAAAAAGGAUGAAACCAUUGUAGAUGUUGUUAAACAUGAUGCUCAAAUCAUAACUGAAGCCGCUAAAUUAGCACACGUUAAACCGCCGGUAUUCACUGAAGUCACUGAAAAAACAAAUUCUAGUGCUGUCACAAAUGAAAGUGAUGAUAUCGCACCAGUAGCCCCCGAAACAAGCGAAAACAAAUUAGACAAUAAAGAAGGAUUGCCGAUGGAAACUGAAACAGAGGCCACACCUAAGAUAAAAUUACCUGCGGAUCCGCAUCAACAAAUUGAAAUCGAUGAUCCUGACGAUUAUCUAAUGUAUUUGGAAGAAAUUUUGAAAAAUAUUCAUACAAGAUUUUAUGCCAUUUAUGAUGAGACACAGGAAAUACCAGAUUUAAAGAUUAUUGUACCCAAAAUUAGAUCGGAAGUACUUCGUGGAAAGACUUUAGUGUUUUCAGGCUUAGUACCCACUAAUAUGCAAUUAGAGCAGUCACGUGCUUACUUUAUUGCGAAAAGUUUGGGUGCCAAUGUUUCACAAAGUAUUGGGCUAGAAACCACACAUCUUGUCGCUGUCAAUGCUGGUACAUUUAAAGUGAAUGCUGCGAAAAAGAAUCCAAACAUUAAGGUGGUUAAUGCAAAUUGGUUAUGGACAUGUGCUGAACGUUGGGAGCUUGUUGAUGAGAGGUUGUUUCCCUUGGAUCGUAAAACAAAAAAUAGACAACGAAAACCGCCAGCACAUUGCCAUAGCCCAGAACAUGUUGUUAACUAUAGCGAUAAGUCGGAAAUAUCACCAUCGAGUAGCGCACAACAACAGCAGGCUAAAGCUCCCGAAAAAUUCAUAGACACAAUCAAUCCACUUUUGUCAUUUUCAAAUGCUGAUUUGGCGGCCAUGAAUAAAGAGUUCGAUCAGUUUUUUGAAUCGGAUUCAUCCAGUGAGGACGAGCAUAUUAACAUAGAGAAUCCACCAGUUGACAAAACUUUGCGUAAACGAAGACGUGAAGAAAAGGAGCAGGAUCGGACAAGAGAAUUCUUUACACGUGCAUCGGACAUAAUCAUAGGUUCUGCAACCAACGAAGACGCUGAUAAAAGCUCAGACGGCGAGGACAAUGAUGAUGAUGAUGAGUCCCCCAGCACAAAAUUUCGACGGGGUGAGAAAUUGCCAUCCGAUUUGGAAAUGGGUUCCGAUUCAGAUGAUGGGAGCCAUGGUAACGAAGAUAGUGGAGAUGACGGAGAAUGGAAUAUGAUGGGUGCCGCGCUGGAGCGUGAAUUUCUUGGACUUGAUGAUUAGCUUGUAUUGUUUAAAAUAAGACUAAUUUAUUUAAACUUUUUCACUUUUUGAACCCUUAGCCAGUUUUUAAUUUGAUCCUACUUUUCACAUGUAGUCAGUACGCUUCUAAAGCUUUUAAAUUGUAAAGAGUUAUGCACAUUUGUAUAAGUAUACAUUUGCAGGCAUGAACUGUUGUAAAUUAAACUGAAUGCAGUUUUAAAUGAAUAAACAUUAAGGCGAAAUCGCAAAACAAUUUUA